AACUACUAACACAUGGAUGUGACUAUAAGAGAUGUGGACAUUUGUGAUUCAUUAAGUGUUUUAUGUACUCAUGUUCUGUGUUGCCCCUUGGUCGGUGACAGAGAUCAUACCUUGGCUACCAUGUGGCGGCCUUGUGGUUUCACAUGUCCUCAGAAACCACGCUGCCUGCCGUCUCACCCCUCUCCCACAUCUCCCACCUCCCAUCUCUGUGAACUUCUAUGUUCCUGUGUCUCUUGUCUAAUGGGAUCUCCUUGUUUCGACUCAAUAGCGGAUGUUGUUCAGUCUCAUGGUGGUGUCUUCAUGGACAGUUCGUACCCCUCAUCCCCCGUAACGGGCCCCCUCUCCCGGGGCCAGCGGAGGGCCAGUGAGGUCAGCAUUGCCAGCCAGGUCUCAGGAAUGGCAGACAGUUACACUGCCACCAACAUAGCUAACACCAAUUCAUGCCAAAAUAACCAAUCCAAAAAGUUGAGCCUUUUGUCCCAACUCGCCUUAUCGUCACAAAAUAAAUUCUUCCUGAAAAGUCCUCCUAAGUCCCGUAAGAAAGCACGGGCUGGCCAGGCGGCGGGAUCUCCCGAUGCAGAUCUAGCAGCAGAGCUGGACGCUGAGGCAGACAAUAACGAGCCUCUAAGUCCCACUGGCCAGUACGAGAACUGCCUGUCAGCAGGGCUGGACUGUGCUAUAUCUGAGUUGGUCUCGCUGGACUCCCAGGCUGAAGUGGAGCAAGUUGCUGCACGCUGGUGGGGCACAAAGCGGCUGGACUUUGCCCUGUACUGCCCCGAUGCUCUGACCGCUUUUCCCACAGUGGCUUUACCGCACCUCUUCCACGCCUCUUACUGGGAGUCCACUGAUGUUGUGUCUUUUCUCCUGAGACAAGUCAUGAGGCAUGAAAACUCCAGCAUCCUGGAGCUCGAUGGGAAAGAAGUGUCUGAAUUCACCCCGUCCAAACCUCGAGAGAAGUGGCUCCGCAAGAGGACUCAUGUAAAGAUCAGGAAUGUCACUGCCAACCACCGGGUGAACGAUGCUGUGUUAAAUGAGGACAGUCAGCAGGUCGUGACAGGUCGCUUCAUGUACGGCCCUCUGGACAUGGUCACUUUGGCCGGAGAGAAGGUUGACCUCCACAUUAUGACCCAGCCUCCAUCAGGAGAGUGGGUGUACUUCAACACAGAGGUGACAAACAGCAGCGGCCGUGUGUCUUUUAUCCUCCCAGAGGACAAGCGACUGGGCAUCGGAGUCUACCCAGUUAAAAUGGUUGUGAGGGGUGACCACACGGUUGCAGACAGCUACCUGACAGUUAUUCCACGUGGCACAGAGUUUGUGGUAUUCAGUAUUGACGGGUCUUUUGCUGCCAGUGUGUCAAUCAUGGGCAGCGACCCCAAAGUGAGAGCAGGAGCUGUGGACGUUGUCAGGCACUGGCAGGAUUUGGGUUAUUUGAUCAUCUAUGUAACAGGACGUCCAGACAUGCAGAAGCAGCGGGUGGUGGCUUGGUUGUCUCAGCACAACUUCCCUCAUGGCAUCGUCUCCUUCUGUGAUGGCCUGGUCCAUGACCCACUCAGACACAAGGCCAAUUUCCUCAAGAAUUUAACAGAGGCUCACAUGAAGAUUUUCGCCGGCUACGGAUCAACCAAAGACAUCUCAGUCUACACCUCCAUCGGCCUCCCUGCCUCCCAAAUAUACAUCGUCGGCAGACCGUCCAAGAAGAUGCAGCACCAGUGCCAGUUCAUCACAGAGGGCUAUGCAGCUCACUUGUCCCAGCUGGAAUACAACCACCGUUCUCGGCCAGCCAAGUCCAGCACUGCUCGCAUGGUGCUGCGUAAAGGCAGCUUCGGCUUGGGCGCCAACAGCGACUUCCUGAGGAAGAGGAACCACCUGCUCCGCACCAUCUCCUCCCAGCCGGCUCCCAGCUCCCCGACGGGCAGCAUCCACAACAGACCGGAGCGCACGCAGAGCCAGUCGGACAGCGAGCGGCUGGAGAGGGAGCGGCUGGAGCGCACUCACAGCCACAGUCAGGGAGCGACCCAGCGCAGCAUGAGCAUCACGGCGAGCUGCUGGGGCCGCAGCAGCAGCACCAAGUUUGAACCAGGAGCUCUCAGCCCAAAAUGAGAUUGGAGACACAAUGUGAGACUUCCUUCAGGAGAGGGACUUAUAGAUGCAGUGCUGAGGAAGAGACAUGGGACAUUAGGUUAAACGGAAAGAGGGAAAAACAGUUUGCUUGCACCAGACGGGUUAUUACUACAAGCAAAAUCACAGGUGCUACAAACCACUCUUUAUAGAACUAAUGCCAGUCACACUUAUGGACAGAAGCUGCAGCUUUACUUAUUAUAAAACACACCCACAACUCAACAGGCAUUUCAAGAAGCAUCUUCCUGAAGAAGGAACAUGCACACAAACAGACCUGGCAGAUAUUGUGGGAAUCCAGACUGUUUCUACUGUUUAGUAAAUAUUUAUCCGUCUUAAAUACAAUGUGAGUUUUACUCCUACAACAGGCUUUUAGACUGGAGAUGGCUACUUAUGAAAGAGCACCCCCCCCCCCCCAGAUUGUAUCAGGUUCACAUUCUGAUACAACUCAGCAAGCACAACAAUUACUACAGAGAUCAAGUUUAUGAGGAAUAGUUUUAAAGCCAAUGUCGUUUUUAUGAGAGAAUCAGAUUAGUUGUAGUUUAAGAGAAUCAGGACAAACUGGACUGAGUGUGUUUCAGUCAUUUAGCCAAGAUUAGUCUUUACUAGAAUUUCUUAAGAUUUAUUAAAAGUAUAGAGCAAAGAUUUGAUCCAGAGCUGCUACGUCUCUUGCAUUAAAGCAUUUACAAACCGCAAUGACAAAUCAUACAGUCCAGUUUUGCUUGUUUUCUAUUUGUCCCUCAGACCAAGGAGUCAUUCAAAUAUCACAUGGAGCAAACUGCGAAAUUACCCUUUAACUAUGGUCGCAGCUGAAACUGUUCCUGAGGUUUUUAUAGCAUUUCACCAAAAUCCCACCGCGCUGCUGCACCUUCCUAAUACGUAAUGUAUGACUCCGCUAUAGGGAAAACUCCUUCUACUGUACGGUUAAUGUGCCAAAGCAAACAGUGUGGAUUGAUAUGCUGUACGUGAACGGAGGAUAUAAUGAGGGUGUCCUGUGUAAAAAUGGAAUAGAUUGUGUAAGUAUGUAGUUGAUUGCCUUCACAAGGCUUGUACAUAAUUGUUAUAUUACAGUGCAGAUCUGGUAUCUGGUCCACUGAAGACCAGUUUCAAGUGUCUUCUUUCCUUUGGGGAUGAAAACUGCCUCAUUCAGGAUCCACUUUAUUGAUUGAUGAUGAUUAUUAUUGUUAUUUAAGAUUAUAGAUAUUUUAAAAUGUCUUGAUUUUGUGAACAAAAUGUGUUUUAAGAUUACUUUAGCUAUAUUGUGUGUUUAUUUUAUUCCUUCAGUCUAAACUUUCAGUCGCAGCAGCCAAAACUCAGAGGUCUUUGCCUAGCACAGUAUUGUAUUUUUAUUCUUUUAUCCUGCAGAUCACCAGAAUUGUAUCAACAGAACUGCUAUCUCGUGACAUAUAUAGUAUGUUUGCUAUUAUCUAUUUUGGAAAUUUGGGAUAUAUGGCUUCUCUCUGGUUAUCCCCAAGCUGUAAAUGAGGCGCUGAAUGUGCUCAGAUAAUCCUCCCGAGGUUAAGGUUUCGUUCACCCGUUCUGCUGCCAAGUUAGAGGAAGUUGAAAAUCUGCAAAGUGUAAAUUCUGUACAAAAUGCUGUCAGAAGUAGGAGCACGGAGCUAAGAUUUACUUUAUGCUGUAGGCCAUUUUAUUUCUGAUGUAUUCAUUCACACAAUGUUGAUCUGUCCCUCCGAUAGGCGUGUGCGGAGCUGACUGCAGUGGACCAAUAUGGGCUCGAGUGUGAGGGGAAACGUGCAAUAUAUUACUCAACCACACCACACGUUCAAACUGACUGCGUUGAAGAAAUGUCACAGUGCAUUGACAAUCAGUUGAACAGGCACAUAUUCUACAGAGGUCACAGACACACACGUGCAUGCAUGUCCAUUUUAAUGUAACAUAAUCCGUAGUCCCACAAGGGGGGGGGGGGUUUACCAUGGUAGAUUUCCCACAGUAAAUUCUCACUGAUGUGAUUUUACAUUAGGUUUACUCCAGUGGACACACACGUGCUCAGUCUUUGAUUUAGUUGUGGCGUUUACGUUCCAGCACAUGAACCAACGCAACACUGACAGUGAGAAUGACCCCAAAUAUCAACGCUUGCUAAAGAUGAUUCAGUCAGCCCAACACCGGCAUUCACAAAGGUUCCGCACUUGAACUGUCAAUGCAAGUGAAAGGUUAUUUUUAGGGUCUGUGGUUCAUGGUGCUGUUAAAUAGACUGUCCCUGAGGUUUUUAUAGCAUUGCAUAUAUCACCGGGUUCACACUGUUGCCAUUUUUCUCUGACGUCAUCUUCAGGUCGGGAAGCUUUAACGCUUUUGUCAACUGAACUUGUUUUCAUUUCACUGCUUCCUCACUGAUCAGCAAAUCUGGAGGCACAUGAAACCAUGUUUCCAAGUUAAACGACGUAUUUUAAAAGCUCUUUAGACUGUUCAGUUUACAUCGACACAAACGUUUGUUUUAAUGGAGCAUUUAGAUCACAAGCUUGAUUCCGGUGCAUUUCACGUCCAGGCUUUAAUAACUGUGUCCCAGAAACUUAAGUGCAGUUAUUUUUCAAAAUGAAAAUGUGUUUCCCACUAUAUCAGGUCCCAGUAAUUAACAGUGAUGUGAGAGAGACAGUGGUUCAUUGCUAACAUUAGCUGAUGUCCAAUCAUAGAUAAUGAUUAUAUAUCCUUGCAACAAUACAAAUACAUUGCUUAGCUUUGAAACAUGCCCCCAUGUCCGUCCAGAUUUUAACCCUCUAUUGUCUUCUCAGUUGCUGAUGAGUUCGGGACGUGUGAAAUUAUGAGUUAGUCCGAUUCUUUAAUGACUUUGAAACCUGGAUCACAGGAGUACAUUACAUCAUUGAUGAGGAAAAUAUGGCCGCUGUUUGAACGUGGUUGAUUGUAUUGUGUUCCACUGAAGAGUUUCUAAUAUUUCAUCCACUACACAACUCAGUGAGGAGUAUUAGAGGACUGAGGUAACGUCUCAGUGUAAAUGUACCUCUUCCCUCCCUCAUGCUUCUUUGAUCCUGGUGAAAGACGAUGUAGUUCAUACUGUCCCUCUGCAUUCUGACUCUUUCAAGAUUAGGUUUGAAGCCAUAUUAACAACUCUUAGGAAAGCUGCUAUUUAAAUAACGGCUGUUUGUACGUUCGUAGUGAUAAAGGGGGAAAAAUCAACGCUGGAAAACAUGCACUCAUGUGAAGUUGGUAACUACUGAACCAUUUUCCCUUCCUCAGAGGUCUGUGAAUUGCUUGGUUAUUAAAAUCCAGAGAAUGUAAAAGACGCAGCAGUUAUCUGUGAAGUUCGGAUACCUCUGGGCAGACACUAGAUUCUGCUACAGACACACACUUUACCAGAGGCCUUACAUUUCCCUUCUCUGCCUUACAUUGACCAUUGUGUUGCGAGGCCAGAGAAUGAACGCUGCUCACACCUGAAUUGACUUCAUGGACAGGGACAGACUGCUGUUGAAAAGGCUAUUUUCUUAGAAAAGGCUGUGGUUUGUUUUACUAAGGAAAUGUUAAAAAAGGGGAAAUGUUUUCAACAUAUUUCACGUUUGGCAAGUCAUCGCUGUCUCAAGCUCUGCCACAAACAGUUUCCCCAUCAGUUCACUUUCACAGGCUGUAAAUACAUAAACAACAUACCAUGGUAAAUUAAGCGUAGAAAAUAUUUUCAUUGUACAGCCUGUGUAUCUCGUAGGUUUUGGAUAAUUUCCUUUUAUCCAUUCCCUUGUGUUUUUAUGUACAGUGUAUAAAGAACAUAUAAAGAUCAACCAAGUCAUUGGGGCCUUUUUUCCCACAUACAUAAGAAUAUUAACAAGAAUUUAGUUCAGCUUGAUUUCAACUGAAUUCAUAUCACUAAACAAACGUUAUUUCUCUGGGAUUAGCUCACACAAAUGAAGAUUUAUUCAGAGAUACAAAACGUGAGAUAUAAAGGUGGGAAGACUCAGUGGGUGUAAGAUAUGUAGGUGAAAUACAAAAAGACAAAACUGUUUGUUGUGUCGUGCAGGAAACAGAACAUUUAAAGAAUCAUCUCAAUGCUGAUUUGAAAUACAGAAAUCCUGAGAGGCUGGGGCCAAUCCCAGCAGGCAGGACGAGAGGCUGGGGACACAGCGGACAUGUCACCAUCGCAUCACAGAGCCGACAGAGACAAACAACCAUUCACGCUCACAUUCACACAUACUAAACAAUUUAAGAGUCUCCAAUUAACCUAACCCCAAUCUGCAUGUCUUCAGACUGUGGGAGGAAACAGAGAAGCUGGAGAAAACCAGACAAAAGACUCCGGGGAUUGAACCAAGAGCCUUAUAACAGUGAGGCAACCGUGUUAACCAGAGUCCGACUGAAACUUAAACCUUAUUAUCAAUAGCUAUAAAUGAAGAAAACAGAACUACAACUAAAUGUAUGGCACUUGAAAUAAGAAAGAAACUAUUUUUAAAUUAAAUCCAAAAACUUUCAAUCUUUUCUGAAUUGUUUAUUCAGUGAAAUAAAAGUUUUCAUAAUAAGUCUGAUGAGAUAUUGGGACUCUGGUCAUGAAAUUCUGCUUUUCAACAUGAAUCAGAGUAAACAUCAAUGUUCAAACUAUCUGGUCGUUGUGUUCACUCCUUAUAUAGAUUAAGUGGAAUCAAACAGAUUUAAAUUCAACAUAACGGUAUUCAUCUGUUUUUCUUUGAAUCACUUUUGUGAUCAGCUUAAAUUAAAAAAGACAAAUCAGUAGAAGUUGAAGACUUUUACUUGGAUUUGACUCAUUAGUGAACAGAGUGCGUUU